UAAGCACAUGAAGCCCUGAAGUUGCACACCCCGGUACAGUAGGUGGCGGUAUGCACCUGAACAAGUUGGUUGCGACCCGCCAAUAAAACCAGAGAGAGAGAGAGAGAGUUCCGACUUCCCGACGGUCACAGUCUCACCUCGUCGGGUACCGUUUAUUAACAAAAUGUAUUACAAAUUUAGUGGAUUCACACAGAGACUGACGGGAGCUGUGUCAUCCUCCGCCUACAGCCCGCAGGGCUUGAGGUCAAAUAUACCGUCUGAAUCCCCUACCAUCUUCUUUGCCACCCCAACUAAACUGGUGUCUGAGUCAAAUGCUCCAGUGGAGUAUAUGGGUGCCAACAAGGUUCCAGAUCUCCAGAGGAUAUUUCAGGCCUCCGAAGAGAUUCCUGUUCAUCUGAAACGAGGUAUUUCAGACAGACUCUUGUACAGGACCACCAUGGCACUGACAGUCGGGGGAGCUCUCUACUGUCUCGUAGCUCUUUAUAUAGCAGCACAGCCCAAAAACAAAUGAACUGUACCCAGCCUAUUUUCAUCAAAACCACUAAUGCAACUAAAUAACCUUUAUUUUCUAAGAGUGUAAUAAAU